AUGUCAACUGUGUAUGGUGCCAGAUGUUUCAGCCAAAAAAAUGUCUGCAAGUGGGCUAAAUUGUUUAAAGAAGGACGGAGCAGUGUUGAGGAUGAAGACAGGCAUGGGAGGCCAACAGAAGUGAGAUCUCCUGAGGUGAUCGAAUCAGUCAAUGACCUCAUUCAGUCUGACAGAAGGGUGACAGAGGAUGGCAUAGCAAGGACUUUGAGCUUAUCUGUGGGGACAGCACACAAAAUUGUCCAUGAUGACCUUGGCUACUCGAAGGUCAGCAGCAGGUGGGUGCCAAAGAUGCUUACUGCGGAGCACAAACAGAGGAGGGUCAAGUUGUCCCAGCAGUGUCUUUCCCGCUAUGAGAAGGAUGGUGUUGAGUUUCUGAAAAAGAUAGCCACAUCUGACGAGACAUGGGUUUGGCACUUUGAGCCUGAGUCUAAACGACAGUCCAUGGAGUGGAAGCACGCAGGCUCUCCAGUGAAGAAGUUCAAGUCCCAGCGGUCCACUAGGAAGGUGAUGUUCAACGUUUUUUGGGAUAUGCAA